GCAGGUUACAUGGUCUCUCCUUGCCUCUCUAAACAUAACUUAUGAUCCGACAUCCACACAAAUGACUCCAGAUGGUCUUGUUUACAUUUUGAUGACCAUGUCCAAUCAAGUGUCCAUGAGUCUUUUUCAGGGCCUCAAGUUAACCGAUUCUCCUAUCCAAGUAUCACAAGUGGUGGAUUCUCUGAGCGAGGCUGUGCAAUCUCUAUACUCAGUAAUGCCUGUUGAAGGAAGACAAUACCUCAAUAUCACACUCUACCUCAUGGAGGCAAUAUCCUCUGUCCUUAAUGACACCAGCUCCUUUGGUAAUGUAGAGAGAGUUGUAUCUCAGAUAGUUAAUUCUCUCAGUGGACCUCUGGCCAAUGUGCCAAACGUUAACACCAACACCUCAGGCAGCAUUAUUGGUGACCUGGAACAGAACAUGAAGACAAUCCUAAUGAUCCUCCAAGGGGAUAAAAGCCCUCAUAAGCAAACAGCUGACAUUACUCUACAGCUGCUGAACACCAUCCGUAAAUUUAUCUCGAUGGGCGAGAACAGCAUGGAGUUGAAUCUCACCCAGAAGGUGUUGGGGACUGCAAGCAUGAAUAUUGGGGAUCUGUUUCUGAUGAAUGACACAAAUUGGACAGACAAGCUGCCUUUACUGCUGGCAAAUGUCGCAAACGGUCUUCCAGAUGAUCUUCAGUAUUCUUCUCUUAUAAAGACCAUCAUGAGAAGUUUGGCCAAUGAAUCUCAAGAAAAUCUGAAUCUUCUACUGCAAGUGCUAAACAGUGUCUUUGAAUUUGGAUCAGCCAAUUGGAUGAAUGACAGUUCGGGUCUGAUACUGGACCACCUGUUGACUCAGGUUUGUGCUCUGGAAAAUAUGGCCUCUAUGCAGAUGAUCAGCCAGGCUCUGUCUCUCAGACCUAGGCUGCUAUGUGGCACCAUUGUCCCCACAUUUCAGGCUCUCCAUGUGCUCACAACCAACGUGGUGAACAAAAGCGUUGACAUCUAUGAACUGAUUUUCCAGACAUUUGUUGGAGACCCCAGCACUUACAACAUUGAAGUGGACUGGACCUCAGUCCUCUCUCAAUUUGUUGGCUUCGACAUCAAAACUCUGAGAACUCUUAACAUCAGUAUGACAUCUCCAGCUGAAGUGGAACUUUCAGUGCUGCUGAAAAACACUACCCUGUUUGUUCAGGAUGUUGAGCAGUACACCAGCCUCCCCCCUCUCACUAUUCGGGCUCUGCUGGAGUCCCCUCUACCCAGCAGCAACAUGCAGAUCUUGACAUGGUUUGCAAACCUGCAUCAGUGCUCAAACCCCUCAUCUCUGGGAUUGGGCCCUACUGAGCAGAUGAUCUUCAGCGCCUUCUGUGAUAUGUCAGACAGUGAAUGGUACAGCAUGGCAAUUCUCCUGGUUCGCCACGUGGAUACGAAGGCCGCUUUGUUCAGGCUGAUGUUAUCCAAAGAAAUUCAGGAUUUGGUGGCACUCAUGAUAAAGAUGGUUGAGUUCCUGAUGGAUAUUAUACAAAAGCUUGUACCUGCGCUGAACAAACUGCAGGAGUACCUGGCAGCCAUAGCAGAUCUUAACCUGGUGGCCAACAAAGAGUUCUACAGCCUGGUAAGAGGAAAGCGAUCCACCAUGUCUAGCAGAGCAUCCUUCUCCACCAUCUCUCGAGCCUUGUGCAAAAACGGAAUCCUUACGCUUUUUGCCAUCUCUAAACUUCCCAUCGCAGCUGAGACUGAUCCAUCAGUCCAGGAGGCCCACAAGAGAGAAGAACUCAUUGAAAAGUUCAAAAUCCCUCACGAUGCCAGUCCCUUCUGUAUGAACCUCUACUUGGAUAUGGUGAACACCACAGGGGGUGCGGUGGCAUGGGCAUUCCUCAAACCCAUGCUGUUAGGACAGGUCCUGUACUCACCAGACACACCUCUGAUUAGAGAAAUCAUGAGAAAGUCAAAUUCUUCACUGCACCAGUUUGGCGAUCUGAAGCUUUAUGCUGCUGAAUGGAUAGCGUCAUCAUCCUAUGUGAUGCAGUCUGCUGACCUACUGACUAAAACCUUGCCAAUGCUUCAGAACUCUCUGCGCAAUCCCUUCAUCCAAAACUUUAUUCAGACCCAGACUGGCAUUGAUGUCGCACAAAUGACAGCAACACUCAGCCAGUUCUCGAACAUAACAGUUCUGUUGGAUAAGAACAAGUUUAUCAUGGAACAGAUCACCACCCUCUCCCAGCUUAUGUUGAACCUCUCCUCCUGCGUGAACUUUGACCGCUACAAAGGCAUCAACUCCACCGAUGAACUCAACACACAGGCAGAGAAACUGGCUCAGAACCGUGAGCUCUUUGCCAGUAUCAUCUUUAAUCUUCCUGAGGUGACCUCCAACUCCAGCCUGCCUUCUGAAAUAGACUACACCAUCCGCAUGAAUAUCGAUAAUUCCAUGCGUACUGACCGCACGCGGAAUCCCUUCUGGGUGAAGGAUGCCUUCAUCUCUGCCACGAAGACACAACGGUACAGCCGAGGCUUCGUGUACCUGCAGGAGAGCAUCGAGAGAGCCAUCAUUGAAAUGCAGACGGGUAAAGCCAUAGAUGGACCCGCGGUCCAGAUCCAGGCCUUCCCCUAUCCAUGCUACUACAAGGAUGAUUAUCUCAACAGCAUCGCUUUUGCCUUCCCAAUGGCUCUCAUGAUUUCCUGGGUGCUUUUUGUUGCCCACUUUGUGAAGAAACUUGUCCAUGAGAGAGAGCUGCGACUGCAUGAGUACAUGAAAAUGAUGGGAGUCAAUCCUUUCAGCCACUUCUUUGCCUGGUUCAUUGAGAGUGUUGUUUUCCUCCUGUUCACCAUCAUCCUCCUCACCAUCAUUUUGAAAGGUGGCGGCAUCCUUCCUCACAGCGAUGGCUUUGUGCUCUUUCUCUACCUUUGUGACUACAGCCUCAGCGUCAUUGCAAUUAGCUUCCUGGUCAGCUCUUUCUUUGAUAAGACCAACAUCGCGGGACUGAGCGGCAGUCUUAUCUAUGUCAUCUGCUUCUUCCCCUUCAUCGUGCUGAUCCACUUGGAGGACAACCUCUCGUUUUCUGUGAAGAGUGCUCUGGGUCUGUUUUCUCCAACAUGCUUAAGUUAUGCCACUCAGUAUAUCUCCCGCUAUGAAAAACAGGAGGAAGGCAUCCAGUGGAGCAACAUGUAUGUAUCUCCUCUGGCUGGAGACACUUCCUCCUUUGGUUGGCUCUGCUGGCUGCUCCUCAUAGACUCAAUAAUAUAUUUCAUAAUUGGUAUUUACAUCCGCAUGGUCUUCCCAGGAAAUUAUGGCAUUGGUGUCCCGUGGUACUUCCCUGUGACACGAUCCUUCUGGAAAGAUAUGUUCAGCUGCUUUAACAGAACACCAAAGAAGAUUGGCAGAGGGUUGCUCUUCACUAACAUGAUGCAGGAGCAAAAUAAUGACAAGAACAAAGGGAAAGGUAACUUGCCGGCUAAUGGAGAAGAAGACUUCUCAGGUUUACCUGUGGGAGUAUCACUGCAUGGGCUGACAAAGACCUACGGCAACCGGAAUGCUGUCGACAACCUGAACCUCUCUUUCUAUGAGGGGCAUGUUACCUCUCUGCUGGGUCACAAUGGAGCUGGAAAAACCACCACUAUGUCACUUCUGACGGGGUUGUUUUCACCCACCAAUGGCACCAUUGAGGUCUAUGGGAUGGAUAUGCAGACGUUUAUAGAUGAUGUGCGAAAGGAGAUGGGUGUUUGCAUGCAGUAUGACGUCUUGUUUGACCACCUUACCACCAAAGAGCACCUGUUGCUAUAUGCUCAGAUCAAAGCCCCUCACUGGACCAAGCAGGAAGUGCAUGAACAAGUGCGCAGAACCUUAAUGGAAACAGGCAUGUACGACCACCGCCACAAGCGUGUCGGCACCCUGUCAGGUGGUAUGAAGAGGAAGCUAUCAAUCUCCAUUGCCUUCAUAGGAGGCUCACGACUGGUGGUGCUUGAUGAGCCCACCACUGGUGUGGACCCCUGCUCUCGACGCAGCAUCUGGGACAUUGUCCUUAAACACAAGCAAGAGCGAACCAUCAUUCUUUCCACCCAUCACCUGGAUGAGGCUGAAGUUCUCAGUGACCGCAUUGCUUUCCUAGAUCACGGAGGCCUCAAAUGCUGUGGUUCACCCUUCUACCUCAAAGACAAACUGGCUAAAGGCUACAACCUCACCCUCACAAAGAUGAUUCAGACUCCUGAUUCAAAGGAGAGCUUCAACAAUGAUGAAUUGAGGGCUUUCAUUCAGUCCUACCUGCCUGACGCUCUGCAGAAAGAGGGAGAGGUGGGCGAUCUGGUCUACUCCCUCCCACCAUACAAUCUCCAGAAUGCUGCUGCAUACCAGUCUCUGCUCACCAGUCUUGACCAGAAUCUCGACAGGCUUCAGUUGGGCUGCUAUGGCAUUUCCGACACCACCCUUGAAGAGGUGUUCCUGCAGUUGACUCGAGAUGACAAUGACAUGGAGUCUGAGAGGAGUGGGGCCAGGUCUGUGUCAGAAAAUGUUACAGUAAAUGACAUGUUUACAUCGAGAGAAAGCAUUCCAGAUGACGUCAACACCAUGCACCUUGGAGAGAAAGCCAGCCUCACUGGCAAAUCCACUGUGAGUGGGUUUGCCCUGAUGGCACAGCGGGUGAAAGCAAUGUUGCUGAAACGCUUGCAUCACUCCAGGAGAGACUGGAAGGGACUGUUCUCCCAGGUGUUCUUGCCUGUGUUCUUUGUAAUUGCUGCCAUGGGCCUGGGUUCCAUCAAGAGUGACCUUCAGCACUUUCCUAAGAUUACCAUUUCGCCUGCUCUGUACCACGUUGAUGAACAAUAUGCCUUCUUCAGCAAUCAGAAUCCCAGUACCAGCAGUCUUGUAGAUGCCAUGAUGUCCUAUCCAGGCAUUGACCACUUCUGCAUGAGAGACCCCCUAAACUCUGUUUGUAAAGAGAGACAUAGCACAGGAAUCCAGACCUGGACCUCCACAGGCAACAGCUCAGCUACAUUUACCACCUGCAACUGUAACAAACAAUUGCUGUCAUGUCCUGCAUCAGGUUACGAUCCACCUCACAUAAGAAAUCCAUCAUCCCAGCUUGUCUAUAACCUGACGGGCCUCAACAUAGAGAACUACCUGAUGGCCACCGCUAAUGACUUCAUCAGAAACAGAUAUGGAGGCUGGGACUUUGGAAAGCCCCUCCCACUUGAUCUUAAGAUGGACAUGUUAGAAGUGCCACAGAACAGAACCCUUACUAAGGUUUGGUAUAAUCCAGAAGGCCACCACACCAUGCCUGCCUACCUCAACAGCCUUAAUAACUUUCUUCUGAGAUCCAGUCUGCCACCUGAGAAACGGCAACAAUACACUAUCUCACUGUCUAGUCACCCUUAUCCUGGCCAAGUGCAAGACGAGGAUGUCAUGGUGGGAAGUUUGGUCAGCAUACUGGUUGCGCUCUGUGUCCUCACUGGCUACUCCAUCAUGUCUGCCAGUUUUGUCAUCUACGAGGUUCAGGAACAUCACAGUGGUUCCAAGAGUCUCCAACAAAUCUCUGGCAUCAGUGAGCCUUUUUAUUGGAUCAUCAACUUCUUCUAUGAUAUGGCUCUUUACAUGAUUCCUGUGGUCCUGUCAGUGGCGAUGAUAGCAGCAUUCCAGAUCCCAGCCUUCACCGAUCGGCAGAACCUUGCUGCGGUCACAGUGCUUCUGAUGCUAUUUGGCUUUGCAACCUUCCCUUGGAUGUACCUUCUUUCUGCGGUAUUCAAGGAUACAGAGAUGGCUUUCAUCGGAUAUGUUUGCAUCAAUCUGUUCAUCAGCAUCAACACCAUCAUCUCCACAUCCAUUAUGUUCUUUCUUGGUCAGCUUAACCCAAAUAACCAGAGCAUCAAGGAUGUGUACCGUACCUUGAGCAAUGUGUUCCUAGUGUUCCCUCAGUUCAGCUUUGGGAAUGGCUUGAUGGAACUGGCACGGGUUGACAUACAGGUGCAGAUCUUGAGCGCUUUUGGGGUGGAUGCCUACAAGAACCCCUUCAAAAUGGAUAUGCUGGGCUGGAUGUUCAUCUCCUUGUUCCUGCAGGGUUUCAUCUGCUUCACGCUUCGUCUGCUAUUCAACAAGUCACUCCUUCGCAAAGUCAGAAGAUUAAUUUGCCGUAAAAAGGACUUCCUUCAGAGCUACAGUCCCAAUCAAGAUGAAGAUGUGAUGGCUGAAUGCCUGCGUGUGAACAGUGGAGAUGCAAGUGCAGAUAUUCUGCAGGUUAACCAGUUGACUAAAGUCUACCAGCACCUGAAGAAGAGAGUACAGGCUGUGAAGCAGCUGUCUGUGGGCAUCCCAGCAGGCGAGUGUUUUGGAUUACUGGGAGUCAAUGGUGCAGGAAAGACCACUACCUUCAAGAUGCUGACAGGAGACACCAGCCCUACUAACGGCUCUGCUAAGAUCCGUGACAUUGAUGGGAGAAUGGUUGACAUCAUAGACUGCAGGAGAGAGGGCAUAAACAUUGGUUACUGCCCCCAGGAGGACGCACUUGAUGACCUCAUGACUGGAGAGGAACAUCUUUAUUUUUACGCCCGCAUCAGGGGCAUCUCCAAGAGGGAGAUUGACCGGGUUGUGAACUAUCUGUUGAAAAAGUUGGAGCUGAAUUACCACCGAAACAACACAAGUAAGAGCUACAGUUGCGGAACGCGCCGGAAGCUGUCGACAGCCUUAGCCCUGAUUGGAAAUCCACAGAUCCUUCUAUUGGAUGAGCCCAGCUCUGGAAUGGACCCACGUUCCAAACGCCACCUCUGGAAGAUCAUCUCGGAGCAGGUGAUGGGCAAAUGUGCUGUGGUUCUGACAUCACACAGUAUGGAGGAGUGUGAGGCCCUGUGCACCCGUCUGGCUAUAAUGGUGAAAGGACAGUUCAGAUGUCUUGGCUCCCUGCAGCACAUCAAGAACAGGUUUGGCAAAGGAUUCACAGUGAGGAUGUAUUUAGCUGAGGCCUCCUGUGAUAUAGACGUGAUCAGCAACUUCAUGCAGCAGAAUUUCCCCAGUACAUGCCUAAAGGAUCAUCACUCAAAUAGGGUGGAGUAUCGCGUGCCUGUUGCUCCUGGCGGUGUGGCUUCCAUCUUUGACCAAUUAGAGUCCAACAAGGCUGUACUUCAAAUCAAACACUUCUCAGUCAGCCAGACCACUCUGGAUGAGGUUUUCAUUAACUUUGCCAUGGCGAAGUCGGACACAGACACGCAGGAAAUUACUGAAGGCUCGGACGUUGACAGUCUAGACUCUUACAAUGCUUUGACCACAUGAAAUACUUGACCUGCACAUAAUGCCAAUUAAUUAACCUUGAUAAAAAUUAUUAAUUUAAUAUAGAUAGGACAUAUUCUAUAGACUAAAUCACAUUUUGAUGUUAUGAUGGAUACAAAAUAUUUUUAAUUGUGUAAAUGUAAAUUUUUAUCAGUCUCCAAAUAGCUGAUGAACAAUUAUUGAAGAAUAAUAUGAAAAUGUAUUUGUUACUUCCUCUUAUCUCAUAAAAUGAUUCUUUUUAAAGAAAUUGCCUGUUUUGUUAGAUAUUUUGACAUUUGAAACCAAAAAGAAAUACUGUAUGUGCAAAAACUCAGCAUUAGUUUACACUUUAUGCAAACGCUUUAGCCUUCAAUUUGUCUUCAUUUAGACAAUUUAAAUGCUGCUUUUCAAAUUAAAUUAUAUAUUUUAAAAUGUUUUCACUUUUUAUUAUCUAAAUUAUUUGGAUAGCGCUUACUAGUGUUAUCAGUUUUUUUUUUUUCUGAACGUAAAUAAUUUAAAUGAACAACCAAAAAUGUGUUAUUCAAUACAGAAUUAAAUAUGUAUGCAGAGUGAAGAUUUCAUCCUUUUAACUGCUGGCUGCAUCAAUGCAGCACUUCUCUGGGGUUGGUAUAAAUCUUUUUUGGCUCCAAGAUAUAAAUGAUUCUUCUAUGCUGGCACAUCCUCACUCUCAUUAAUAUUUUCUCUGAAGGCACGUCUCUUGUGCAAGAAUGUACUGAAUAUUUCAACGGCUCUUUCCUCUGUCUGCUUCAAGGCACAGUUCCUCUUUUAAAAUGUACCAAGCUUAUUUGUACAUUAAAGCUAUUUUUCA